UUUCUACCAACAAUCUGGGUGGCGGUCUGCCUCGCCAGCAGUGCCGUCAUGGCUGUCUCACAUCUUGAAAAGCCGUAUUACGAAUUAAACGACGCCGAAAAUCUCUUCAAAGAUUUCGUGAAGCAGCACGGAAAACAAUAUGAUGAAAGAGAGUAUAUCAAAAGGCUCCAAAUCUUCAAGAAUACUUUAAAAGAUGUCAACUGGCGAAACGAGAUGUUUCCUAAUACUGUGUUUGCUGUAAACCACUUUGCUGAUUUAAGCCCUGAUGAGCUGCAGCAAUAUCUCGGUUUUAGGUCGUUAAAUGGAACGGUUAAGAGAUUGUCUAUAACUGAAUCUAAUGGAGCAGUCACUGCACCUGACGCGCACGAUUGGAGACAACAUGGGAAAGUAUCACACGUCAAAUCUCGAGGGCAAUGUGGCAGCAGCUUUAUCUUCAGUGCUAUUGGAAAUAUUGAGGGCCAGUACGCUAUGAAACAUGAACAAUGCCUGGCUCUCUCCGAAGGACAGGCUCAUGAAUGUGGUCAAGAUGGGGAUCCUCAUAAAGUCAUGAAUGACCUUGCUAAAAGAUGUCCCAAUGGAAAAGCUGGAAUUAUGACCGAAGCUGAUUAUCCUUAUGAUGAUUUAGAACCACCUUGCCAUGAAAACUGCGGUAAGGCUGUAGCCAAAGUUAUAAAAGGCGAAAGAAUAGAUGUUCCUGACGAAGACACGCUUAAACAGAAGUUGUAUGAUAUCGGACCUUUGUCAGUAGGUUUAAACGCCGCCGACUUCUUCUAUUACAAAUCUGGUAUUCUGGAACCCAACCGAUGCAAAGGCAAGGAAUCAGAUUACGCCGUCCUCUUAGUAGGAUAUGGAGAAGAAAACGGUACACCGUUCUGGAUAAUCAAGAACGCUUGGGGAGAGAAAUGGGGUGAGCAAGGCUACGUGCGCUUGCGUCGAGGUGUCAACGCGUGCGUGAUGGGCACCUCCUACACGGCCACCGCUACCGUGGCUUAAUAAUUUGAAGAGCAUUUAGCCGAAUAAUUUUAGUUUUUUG